AUGGUUCCUCUUUCAUUUAAUAAAAUAUAAUCCUAAGUCCCUGAAAAAGAAUUAUUAGUGCUAUGCCAAGAAUAUAUAAAAAGGAUAUGGAUGAUAGAAAAGGAUGUAAGUGUUAGAGCUUUUCUAAAAAAUAAAGAGAUAAUAGAAGUCUAAAAUUAAUUAUUUUCUCAAGAUCUUAAAACUUUCUCUUCAAGUAUUAAAGAGGAGAUGAAUUAAAAAUUGAAGGAAAUGGAGGAUAUUGAAUACGCAAUUCGCUUUGAAGGCAAUCAAUCUGAGAGAGAUGAAUUGUCAAAACAAUUAACAAAUAAAUAUGAGGAAUUUGAAGAAUUUCUAGAUAAUAUUUCUGAAAUGUAUUAGUAAUUGAAUAUGGCUUUAAUUUUUUUAUAAGAACUUUAAAAAAAAGUAAAAUAAAUAAAACAAAAAAUAGAUGAUCUUUAGGAAUAAAUAAAGAGAUUGGAAAUGAUGUGA